GAAGCAUACACACAAAAAAACAAUGGUCCAAACUAACUUUAUAAAGAGUAAAAAAACUCAAAUAAAGCUGCGUAGUGUAUUCACUCUGUCACUAACUAAACUAUUGUGUGCUCUAAAAAAAAGCAUACUAUAAAUAAAUAAACAACACAUCGUAUGGUUUCUGUGACUGUCGGUUCUUGGGUUCUCUGCACAAACUGAACAACAAUACCAAUUCUUUAACAUAUAUUGGAAUAUCAACAGCCACUUCUCAUUCCACCACUCACUUUCUUCAUCAACCAUUCUUUAUUCAUUCAUUCAUUUGUUAGUUACAUUACAUAGAUAUAUACAUAUACAUUUUGUUUCUUAUAGUAGUUUCUUUCUCCAUUUUACAAGUCAUCACACUCACCUCAACAAACUUCAUUUCAGAAUGAAGAACACAAGAUUAAGCCAAUGGUUAAAGUUAAAUAUUCUGGUGUUUGUACUGGUAUUGCUGAAGGUAGAAGCUGGUUAUGUACCAAUCACUUUACUCAAGAGCGCGGUAUCAAAAGGAGCCGUUUGUUUGGAUGGUAGUCCACCAGCUUACCAUUUAGAUAAAGGAUUUGGAACAGGAAUUAACAGUUGGUUAGUUCAAUUUGAGGGAGGGGGAUGGUGCAACAAUGUCACUACUUGCCUUUCUCGCAAGACGUAUCGGUUAGGUUCAUCUAAGCAAAUGGCUAAUCAAAUUGCCUUUUCAGGAAUUUUAAAUAACAGGAGACAGUUUAAUCCAGAUUUCUACAAUUGGAACAGAAUCAAGGUUAGAUAUUGUGACGGUUCGUCUUUUACCGGUGAUGUCGAAGCAGUCAAUCCAGUAACUAAGUUGCAUUUCAGAGGAGCAAGAAUUUUUAAUGCUGUCAUGGAGGAUUUGCUAGCAAAAGGAAUGAAAAAUGCGAAAAAUGCUAUUAUCUCAGGAUGUUCAGCUGGUGGAUUGGCUUCAAUUCUGCAUUGUGAUCGCUUUCGUGCUCUUUUACCGAGAGGAGCUAAAGUGAAAUGCCUCUCAGAUGCCGGUUACUUUAUCAACGCAAGGGAUGUAUCUGGAGCACAUCAUGUUGAACAGUACUUCACUCAAGUUGUUACAACACAUGGCUCUGCAAAGAAUUUGCCUAGAUCAUGCACUUCAAGACUCAGUCCAAGGCUGUGCUUUUUCCCUCAAUAUGUUAUAUCACAAAUCGCUACACCAAUCUUCCUUGUGAAUGCGGCAUACGACUCAUGGCAGAUUAAGAACAUUUUAGCACCGGGAGCUGCUGAUCCUCGUGGACACUGGCACAGCUGCAAGUUAGAUAUAAACAACUGCUCUUCUAAUCAACUAGAUCUAAUGCAAGGCUUUAGAACACAAUUUUUAAGGGCAUUGACUGCUGUAGGAAACUCUACAUCCAAAGGAAUGUUCAUAGACUCUUGCUAUGCUCACUGCCAAACUGAAAUGCAAGGAACAUGGUUUAGUAGUGACUCUCCAUCGUUGGCCAAGACAAGCAUUGCAAAAGCCGUAGCAGACUGGUUUUAUGAAAGAAAGCUAUUCCAUAAGAUAGAUUGUCCUUACCCUUGCAAUCCGAGUUGUAAGAACCGCGUUUUUGAACCACAGGAAAACCCAGGAGUAUAGAUUCAUUUCAUCAAAAUCAAUCCAUAUAUACAUAGCAUUUAUAUAUUUCAUUAUUCUUACAAAACCACAAUUAUUGGUUUUAACCAGUGAUUGAAUAAGAAAAAGUAUAUGAUUUUUUUUAGAAAUUUAUAAAGCUAUCAAUAUAAGGAAAAUUUCGCCACUGCACUAAACUUGUGUGCUGGGCGCCGCCAUCAUUCAUUGUUUAAUGCCUAAGAUACUAUAUUCUUAAUAAAAGUAUAUAGUAUAUUUUUUUUACCC